CCACUGGAUACAGAGCAGCGAGCACUGACGGCUUCCCUCCUUCCUUAAACCUGUCGGGUUGUGGGCUCUCUCUUUCCCCCUCGCGCCCCUUUUCUUUCUUUUUUUCACCUUCUUUUUUUUUUGGAAACCUUCUGAGGCAAGUUCAUGGAUACUAAGCUGAUGUGUUUGUUGUUCUUUUUCUCCCUGCCUCCGCUCCUAGUGAGUAACCACACUGGCCGCAUCAAGGUGGUCUUUACUCCGAGCAUCUGUAAAGUGACCUGCACCAAGGGCAGCUGUCAGAACAGCUGUGAGAAGGGGAACACCACCACUCUCAUUAGUGAGAAUGGCCAUGCUGCCGACACCCUGACGGCCACGAACUUCCGAGUGGUAAUUUGCCAUCUUCCAUGUAUGAAUGGUGGCCAGUGCAGCUCAAGGGACAAAUGCCAGUGCCCUCCAAACUUCACGGGGAAGCUUUGCCAGAUUCCAGUCCAUGGUGCCAGCGUUCCUAAACUUUAUCAGCAUUCCCAGCAGUCAGGCAAGGCGCUGGGAACGCAUGUCGUCCACUCUACACAUACUUUGCCUCUGACGAUGACGAGUCAGCAAGGAGUCAAAGUGAAAUUUCCUCCCAACAUAGUCAAUAUCCACGUGAAGCAUCCCCCAGAGGCCUCAGUCCAGAUACAUCAGGUUUCAAGAAUCGAUGGCCCAACUGGCCAGAAGGUAAAAGAAGCCCAACCAGGCCAAUCCCAGAUCUCUUACCAAGGGCUUCCCGUCCAGAAGACCCAGACCGUCCACUCCACGUACUCCCACCAGCAAGUCAUUCCUCACAUCUAUCCUGUGGCUGCGAAGACUCAGCUUGGCCGCUGCUUCCAGGAAACCGUCGGGUCCCAGUGUGGCAAAGCGCUCCCUGGCCUCUCCAAGCAGGAGGACUGCUGUGGAACCGUGGGGACCUCCUGGGGCUUUCACAAAUGCCAGAAAUGCCCCAAGAAGCCAUAUAUUAAUGAAUGCCAGCUACAGGGUGUGUGCCCUAAUGGUGAGUGUUUGAAUACCAUGGGCAGCUAUAGAUGUACCUGCAAAAUGGGAUUUGGGCCGGAUCCUACUUUUACAACUUGUGUUCCGGAUACCCCUGUGAUCUCGGAAGAGAAGGGGCCCUGUUACCGACUUGUCAGUUCCGGAAGGCAGUGCAUGCACCCUCUGUCUGUUCACCUCACCAAGCAGCUCUGCUGUUGUAGCGUGGGCAAGGCCUGGGGCCCCCACUGUGAGAAAUGUCCCCUUCCAGGCACAGCUGCUUUUAAGGAAAUCUGUCCUGGUGGAAUGGGUUAUACGGUUUCUGGCGUUCAUAGACGCAGGCCAAUCCAUCACCAUGUAGGUAAAGGACCUGUAUUUGUCAAGCCAAAGAACACUCAACCUGUUGCUAAAAGUACUCAUCCUCCACCUCUCCCAGCCAAGGAAGAGCCAGUGGAGGCCCUGACUUUCUCCCGGGAACACGGGCCAGGAGUGGCGGAGCCCGAAGUGGCAACUGCACCCCCUGAGAAGGAAAUACCUUCACUGGAUCAAGAGAAAACCAAACUUGAGCCUGGUCAACCCCAGCUCUCUCCAGGCAUUUCCACUAUUCAUCUGCACCCACAGUUCCCAGUCGUGAUUGAAAAAACGUCCCCUCCUGUGCCUGUGGAAGUGGCCCCUGAAGCUUCUACCUCAAGUGCCAGUCAAGUGAUUGCACCCACCCAAGUAACAGAAAUCAAUGAGUGUUCCGUGAACCCUGACAUCUGUGGAGCAGGACACUGCGUUAACCUGCCGGUGAGGUACACCUGCAUCUGCUACAAAGGCUAUAAGUUCAGUGAGCAGCAGAGGAAAUGCACUGAUAUUGACGAGUGCACGCAGGCCCCACACCUCUGCUCCCAGGGACGCUGUGAGAACACUGAGGGAAGUUUCUUGUGUAUUUGCCCAGCAGGAUUUAUGGCCAGUGAGGAGGGUACUAGCUGCAUAGAUGUUGAUGAGUGCCUGCGGCCGGACGUGUGUGGGGAAGGCCACUGCAUCAAUACCGUGGGGGCCUUCCGGUGCAAGUACUGUGACAGCGGGUACCGCAUGACCCCCGGGGGACACUGCGAGGAUAUUGAUGAGUGUUUGAGUCCAACUACUUGUCCAGAUGAGCAGUGCGUGAAUUCUCCUGGAUCUUACCAGUGUGUUCCCUGCACUGAAGGGUUCCGAGGAUGGAAUGGGCAGUGUCUCGAUGUGGAUGAGUGCCUGGACCCGAAGGUCUGCACUAAUGGGACCUGCUCCAACCUUGAAGGCUCCUACAUGUGUUCCUGUCACAAGGGCUACACCCCGACCCCAGACCACAAGCACUGCAAAGAUAUUGAUGAAUGCCAGCAAGGGAAUCUCUGCAUGAACGGGCAGUGCAAAAACACCGAGGGCUCCUUCAGGUGUACCUGUGGGCAGGGCUACCAGCUGUCAGCAGCGAAAGACCAGUGUGAAGAUAUUGACGAAUGCCAGCACCGCCAUCUCUGCAUCAACGGGCAGUGCAGGAACACGGAGGGCUCCUUCCGCUGCGUGUGUGACCAGGGCUACAGAGCGUCCGCCCUGGGGGACCACUGUGAAGAUAUCAACGAAUGCUUGGAAGACAAUAGCGUUUGCCAGGGAGGAGACUGCAUUAACACCAAAGGGUCCUACGAUUGUACUUGUCCAGAUGGCUUCCAGCUAAAUGACAAUAAAGGAUGCCAAGACAUUAAUGAGUGUGAGCAGCCUGGACUGUGUGGCCCCCGUGGAGAGUGUCUGAACACAGAUGGCUCUUUCCACUGUGUCUGCGAACAGGGCUUCACAAUCUCUGCGGAUGGCCGUACGUGUGAAGAUAUUGAUGAGUGUGUAAACAACACUGUCUGUGACAGGCACGGGUUUUGUGACAAUACGGCCGGCUCCUUCCGCUGCCUCUGUUAUCAGGGCUUUCAGGCCCCGCAGGAUGGGCAAGGGUGUGUGGAUGUGAACGAAUGCGAACUGCUCAGUGGCGUGUGUGGCGAAGCCUUUUGUGAAAACGUGGAAGGCUCCUUCCUGUGUGUGUGCGCAGACGAAACCCAGGAGUACAGCCCCAUGACCGGGCAGUGCCGCUCCCGGGCCCCCGGGGACGUGGAAGUAGAGCAAAGCAGGGAAGAGAAGAAAGAAUGCUACUACAACCUCAACGACGCCAGUCUCUGCGACAAUGUGCUGGCCCCCAACGUCACCAAGCAAGAGUGCUGCUGCACCUCCGGGGCCGGGUGGGGUGACAACUGUGAGAUCUUCCCCUGCCCGGUCUUGGGGACUGCCGAAUUCACGGAAAUGUGUCCUAGAGGGAAGGGUUUUGUCCCCACUGGAGAAUCCUCUUAUGAAGCUGGUGAAAAGGACUAUAAAGAUGCGGAUGAAUGCCUGCUUUUUGGACAAGAAAUCUGCAAAAAUGGCUUCUGCUUGAACACUCAGCCUGGGUAUGAAUGCUACUGUAAGCAAGGGACAUACUACGAUCCUGUCAAAUUGCAGUGCUUUGAUAUGGAUGAGUGUCAAGACCCCAACAGUUGCAUCGAUGGCCAGUGCAUUAACACAGAAGGCUCUUAUAACUGCUUCUGUACACAUCCAAUGGUCCUAGAUGCUUCAGAAAAGAGAUGUGUACGACCAUCUGAAUCACACGAACAAAUUGAAGAAACCGAUGUCUACCAAGACCUGUGCUGGGAGCAUCUGAGCGACGACUAUGUGUGCAGCCGGCCCCUCGUUGGCAAGCAGACGACUUACACGGAGUGCUGCUGCCUGUACGGCGAGGCCUGGGGUAUGCAGUGUGCCCUCUGCCCCAUGAAGGACUCAGAUGACUAUGCCCAGCUGUGUAACAUCCCCGUCACAGGACGCCGGCAGCCGUACGGCCGGGACGCCUUGGUGGACUUCAGUGAACAGUAUGCUCCGGAAGCCGAUCCCUACUUCAUUCAGGACCGUUUUUUAAACAGCUUUGAGGAGCUUCAGGCUGAGGAGUGCGGCAUCCUCAAUGGCUGUGAAAACGGCCGCUGUGUGAGGGUGCAGGAAGGUUACACCUGCGAUUGCUUCGAUGGGUAUCACUUGGACAUGGCCAAGAUGACCUGUGUCGACGUGAAUGAAUGUGACGAGUUGAACAACCGGAUGUCUCUCUGCAAGAACGCCAAGUGCAUCAACACGGAAGGCUCCUACAAGUGCUUGUGUCUGCCCGGCUACGUGCCUUCUGACAAGCCCAACUACUGCACCCCGUUGAAUACCGCCUUGAAUCUAGACAAGGACAGUGACCUGGAGUAACAGAAAAUCUACAUAACCUAAGCCCGUAUACUCUGCACUGUGUAAAGGAAAAGAGAGAAAUGUAUUAUACUUGAGACAUUGCACCUCACCCAGAGUGUUGGAAACACAGGAGCAACGUGGUGUCAUGUAUCCUCAGAAGACAAGGAAAGGAUUUGGUGUGAGCCUGACCGGUGCAACAGACCAAAUGGACAUUUCUCUGAAAAACCCGUAUAUAUAGUCUGUUCAUAUGUAAAAUUCAGUGGAAAAAAAGAGGCGGAGCAGUGCUGUUAUUUUAAACAGAAGGUUGUAUUAUUAUGUUGUCUUGUGUGUUUUUUUGUUUUUUUGGUUUUUUGUUUUUUGUUUUACUAUUGCUUGAUUAAAUUUGACAUUUACA